AGAACAAUGUUAUGUUGGGGAUAUUGGUCUCUUGGCCAACCUGGUAUCAGUACCAACCUGCAAGGAAUUGUUGCAGAGCCACAGGUAUAUGGAUUCAUAUCUGACAGAAGUGUCAAGGAAGUAGCCUGUGGGGGAAACCACUCUGUUUUCCUGCUGGAGGAUGGGGAAGUUUACACAUGUGGUUUGAACACUAAAGGACAGCUGGGCCAUGAGAGGGAAGGAAACAAGCCAGAGCAAAUUGGAGCUUUGGCAGAUCAGCACAUUAUCCAUGUGGCAUGCGGUGAGUCCCACAGUCUGGCCCUCAGUGACCGGGGCCAGCUUUUUUCAUGGGGUGCAGGGAGUGACGGACAACUAGGACUUAUGACAACUGAGGACUCUGUAGCAGUACCUAGGUUAAUACAAAAGCUGAACCAGCAGACAAUAUUACAAGUUUCCUGUGGCAACUGGCAUUGCUUGGCUCUUGCAGCUGACGGACAGUUCUUCACGUGGGGAAAGAACAGCCAUGGUCAGCUGGGCCUUGGGAAGGAGUUCCCCUCCCAAGCUAGCCCACAGAGGGUGAGAUCCCUGGAGGGAAUCCCACUGGCUCAGGUGGCUGCAGGGGGCGCACACAGCUUUGCCCUGUCUCUCUCCGGAGCCGUUUUUGGCUGGGGGAUGAAUAAUGCAGGACAGUUAGGACUCAGUGAUGAAAAAGAUCGAGAAUCUCCUUGUCACGUAAAGCUCUUACGAAUGCAAAAAGUCGUCUAUAUUAGCUGUGGGGAAGAACACACAGCGGUCCUUACAAAAAAUGGAGGUGUGUUUACCUUUGGUGCUGGUUCCUGCGGGCAACUUGGACAUGACUCCAUAAAUGAUGAGGUUAAUCCAAGAAGAGUUCUAGAGUUGAUGGGCACUGAAGUGACUCAGAUUGCUUGCGGCAGACAGCACACCCUAGCCUUUGUGCCUUCUUCUGGACUCAUCUAUGCAUUUGGAUGUGGAGCAAGAGGUCAAUUAGGAACUGGACACACUUGUAAUGUUAAGUGCCCAUCUCCUGUGAAGGGUUACUGGGCUGCCCACAGUGCCCAGCUUUCAGCCAGAGCUGAUCGCUGUAAAUAUCACAUUGUUAAGCAGAUCUUCUCUGGAGGAGACCAAACUUUUGUACUGUGCUCCAAAUACGAGAAUUAUUCUCCUGCUGUUGACUUCAGGACUAUGAAUCAAGCACAUUAUACCAGUUUAAUAAAUGAUGAAACUAUAGCAGUUUGGAGACAAAAACUCUCAGAACAUAACAACGCAAAUACAAUCAAUGGUGUUGUUCAGAUAUUAUCUUCUGCAGCCUGUUGGAAUGGAAGUUUUCUCGAAAAAAAAAUUGAUGAGCAUUUUAAAACCAGCCCCAAAAUCCCUGGGAUUGACUUAAACUCAACUAGAGUGUUAUUUGAGAAGUUAAUGAACUCUCAGCACUCCUUGAUUCUGGAACAGAUCUUAAACAGCUUUGAAAGCUGCCUGAUUCCCCAGUUGUCAAGUUCACCACCAGAUGUCGAAGCAAUGAGAAUCUAUUUAAUACUCCCAGAGUUUCCCCUGCUCCAGGAUUCCAAGUAUUACAUAACAUUGACUAUUCCUUUGGCAAUGGCCAUCCUACGACUGGAUACGAACCCCAGCAAAGUAUUAGAUAACUGGUGGUGUCAAGUAUGCCCAAAAUAUUUUGUGAAGCUGGUAAACCUCUAUAAAGGUGCAGUCGUUUAUCUACUAAGGGGAAGAAAGACAUUCUUAAUUCCUGUGCUGUUUAACAAUUACAUUACAGCAACUCUUAAGCUCUUGGAGAAGUUAUAUAAGGUAAAUCUUAAAGUGAAGCAUGUGGAAUAUGAUACAUUUUAUAUUCCUGAAAUAUCCAGCCUUGUGGACAUUCAGGAAGACUACCUCAUGUGGUUCCUGCAUCAAGCAGGGAUGAAGGCUAGACCAUCAAUAAUACAGGAUGCUGUAACACUUUGUUCCUACCCUUUUGUCUUUGAUGCCCAAGCCAAGACCAAAAUGUUACAAACUGAUGCUGAACUGCAGAUGCAGGUGGCGGUCAAUGGAGCAAACCUGCAGAACGUCUUCAUGCUUCUCACCUUGGAGCCUCUGCUGGCCAGAAGCCCCUUCCUGGUCCUUCAUGUUCGCAGGAACAACCUCGUUGGAGAUGCCCUAAGAGAACUGAGCAUUCAUUCUGACAUUGAUUUGAAAAAGCCUCUCAAAUGUUUUGUAGAACACAACUGGUUUCACUUGAUUGGUAUAAUCUGUGGACUAGCUAUCUACAACUCCACCGUGGUUGAUCUCCACUUCCCAUUGGCGCUCUACAAGAAGCUACUGAAUGUAAAGCCUGCUUUGGAAGACUUAAAGGAGCUGUCACCCACUGAAGGAAGGAGUCUUCAAGAGCUUUUGGAUUACCCUGGGGAAGAUGUUGAGGAGACUUUCUGCCUUAACUUCACGAUCUGUCGAGCCAGCUAUGGAGUGAUUGAACAGAAGAAGCUGAUACCCGGGGGAGAAAAUGUGACCGUUUGUAAGGAUAACAGGCAAGAGUUUGUGGAUGCUUAUGUGAAUUAUAUUUUCCAAAUCUCAGUUCAUGAGUGGUACACAGCCUUCUCCAGUGGCUUCCUAAAAGUGUGUGGUGGCAAAGUACUUGAGCUCUUCCAGCCUUCAGAACUGAGGGCCAUGAUGGUGGGGAACAGCAACUACAACUGGGAUGAACUAGAAGAGACAGCCAUCUACAAGGGUGAUUACUCAGCCACACAUCCCACUGUGAGACUAUUUUGGGAAACAUUUCAUGAGUUUCCACUAGAAAAGAAGAAGAAGUUUCUCUUGUUCCUGACAGGCAGCGAUAGGAUUCCCAUCUAUGGCAUGGCGAGCCUACAGAUUGUCAUCCAGUCCACAGCCAGUGGGGAAGAAUAUUUGCCAGUGGCCCACACUUGCUACAACCUUCUUGACCUUCCCAAGUACAGCAGCAAAGAGAUUUUGAGCGUUCGACUGAGCCAGGCCCUUGACAACUAUGAGGGUUUCAGUUUGGCCUGA